AUGGUUUCGUUUCUAAGCAAACCCAAAAAGGCUUUCGACCUGGACCCUUCAGUCGCCCCGGAGGCACUCGUCCUGGGCAUGACUGUGUGGUGCGACUCUGCCCCUAGCCUGCUGGAAAACCCCUCAUGUCUUUACGCCAAAUGUACCGUUUUGGAUAUCAUAAAUAACCAGACAGUUAAAUUAAAGGAAAUUUCCGAGCCUGGCAAAGAGUUUGUCUCGAAGCCCUCUCAAAUAUACCACUGCAGCGAGAGCUGCGAUUUGCUGAACACUCCAGAUGUGGGUCUUUUGCCGCACCCAAAUGCUGCUUCAGUGCUGGAGAUGCUGCGGGCCCGUUACAUGCAAGACGCCAUUUACACGCUCGCGGACCCUCUGCUGAUAUCGAUAAACCCUUUUGGGUGGUCUGGAAGUUCUUUAAAAGAAAAGAUCCGGGACUACAGUGCGGCAGCAAACGGGGGUUUGCUGCCGCCGCACAUCUUCUCCAUUGCCCGCAGGGCCCUCGAAAACGCCAACACUGCAGCAAAGAGCCAAACCAUAAUUGUUUCGGGGGAGUCGGGAUCAGGCAAGACGGAGGCGACGAAGCUGGUGCUGAGUUACUUGGCUGCAGCGCAGGGCGACCCCGAGCAGCAGCAGCAGCAGCAGCAGCAGCAGCACGCAAAUGAAGCCAAAGUCGAAAACGCCGUCACUGCAGCAGGACCUGUUUUGGAGGCUUUUGGAAAUGCGAAGACUGUGCUGAACGACAACAGCAGCAGAUUCGGGAAGUUCCUCAGGCUCGAGGUGGCCCCCGGGGGCGGCAUCGGGCGAGGCCACGUAGAGAGUUUUUUGCUGGAAAAGUCUCGGGUGGUUUUUCACGGCUGCGCAGAACGCAAUUUCCACAUCUUUUACCAAUUAAUUAAAGGAGCCUCUGCAGAUUUGAAAGCCAAAUUGAAACUCAAAGAAUGCAAAAACUACAAAAUCCUCAACUACCAGGCGGUGGACAUACACCAGAGGGAUGACGCAGCAGACUUUCUUGAAGUCCUCGCGGGCUUCGAGUCCAUGGGACUUGCUGCUGCCACUGCGCAGUCUGUUUUCUCGCUUUUAUCUGGAGUGCUGCUAAUGGGAAACAUCAAAAUAGAACAAAGGCAUUUGGACGGCUUGCCGGACGCAGCAGCAAUUUGCGAAGAAGACAGAGCAGACUUCGAGCAAGCUUGCGAGCUGCUGUUCCUGGAAGCCGCAGGCGUUGAAGAGGCGCUACUGCGGCGGGUGACAGUGGCGGGGGCGCAGGCGGUGGCUGGGCGGUGGCGGCAGCAGCAGGCGGAGCUGCUCCAGCAGUCUCUGUGCAAGGGCGUUUACGAGCGGCUUUUUCUCUGGAUCAACAAGCAAAUCAACAAAAACAUCAACAAACAACAAAGCCUCGACACCUUCAUCGGCCUACUCGACAUAUUCGGUUUUGAAAUUUUCAAAGAAAAUUCGCUUGAACAGCUUUUCAUCAAUGUGACCAACGAGAUGCUGCAGGCCACCUUUGUAGACCUAGUAUUCACAAGGGAAUGCCUGUUGUAUGAGAAAGAGGGAUUGACUUCAGAGCUGCUGCAGUUCGAGAGCACUCAGCCAAUUGUUGAUUUGCUUUGCGGAAAGAAAAACUCCAUUUUGAGCAUUUUAGAGGACUGCUGCCUUGGCCCGGCUACCUCAGACACCAAGUUCACUGCGGCAGUUAAGGCGCAAAUCAAGAGAUCGGGGAACAAGGGUUUCCUCCGGCCUUCUUCUGACCUGGAGUUUACGGUGCGGCACUGCAUAGGAGACGUUUCUUACAUGACUUUCAACUUCAUAAAAAAAAACAGAGACCAGCUGCGGCCUGAGUUUCUAGAUCUGUUUAAUGCCUCCAAAAACCCGGUUGCUUCUCAACUGUAUCAAGAUGUGGAAAUCCCAAAAGGCAAACUUAUGAAGGGACAACUAAUCGGGUCUCAAUUCAUGCAGCAGCUUAAUAGCCUAGCAGCGAUCAUCCAGGAGACAGAACCCCACUUUAUUCGCUGCAUAAAACCAAACGACCAGCAGCAACCAAAGCUCUUUAUCGAAAGUAAAAUCUUGCCGCAGCUAAGGGCUCUCUCUAUCAUGGAGGCCAUCCAACUUCGAAGCGUUGGUUACUCCUACAGGCGCCCCUUCGCCGACUUCUUGCGGCAAUUCCGCUUUCUGAAUAUUUCAGCUUACGGAAAAAUUGCAGGAGGCCUCCUUGGAAGUUCCACUGCCGAAGGGGCCCCACGUGAGGGCGCGUUAGCCUUGUUGCAAAGGGCUGGACUGAAGGAAUAUAAGGACUACAGAAUGGGUUUGACCAUGGUUUUCCUGACUCGAGAAGCGCAACAGCAGCUGCUGCAGCAACAGCGGGAGCAGCUGCUACUGCUGCGGCCAAUUGUUCGCACUCUGGAAGCUAUCUGCCUCCGCAGGAAUCUUAAAAAGAGUUUGGAGACCCACAUUAAUUCCAUUGUGCGGCUGCAGGCUCACGUGCGGCGGCAACUUCUGCUGCUCGAAAUGAGGGGCCACAGCGCUGCUGCAGCAACUGCAGCAGCAGCCGCAGCAGUAGCAGCAGCAAACGAAGGUGUCAGCAGGCAACAAACCGCAGUCUAA